CCAGACUUCAUUGGGCUUCAUUGCCAGGAGGUUGGCGGGAAAAAUUACGAAGACACAAUGAAACAUGUCGAUAAGUUUACUAGAAUGUUACUACAGAACGAGCACAUGUCUCAAUACAAAAGAGCCUAUGUUUUUUUAGAUGAAGAUUUCACGGCCGUUGAAAAAUUUACGGCGUUGGGCUCCCUAUAUUUCAUACACAACUCAGUCAAGGAUGUUGGUAUAUACAACUUUGCUGAGAGAACAUUUGUUCCCGCCGAAGGAAAAGAGGUCUUUACAGGAAACAUCGAACACGUUCCCAUAAAGGAGAAAUCCAAAUUCCCGAAGGAUUUCUUCCCGGACGGUGUGUGGUCUAGAAAGGGUUUUAUAAGAACUAGAUGGAGACUAUAUAACACAGUUUUUGAUCUGGUAAACCUUCACCUGUUUCACGACGCAUCAAAUAUCGUUGCCAUGGAGAAGAGUCCUUCCCUGUACAGUUUGCACAGAGAGCAGGCUUUAUUGCACACCAUUAAGAGGUUUGAGGACGACGAUCACACGAAGGUUCCUUACUUCAUAUUUGGCGAUUAUAACUUUCGCUUGGACACCCAUAAACUAAUCAAGCUGAAGCAAUUCGAUACUGAGCCAGACGCUUGUAAGUUAAAACUCUACGAAUACAACGUCACUUUUCAGCCAAGUUCCCCAUUUAGUGAGGAUGCCGAUGAGUGUAAGAGUUACAUGAAGACGAGAUGCCCUGGCUGGUGUGAUAGGAUCAUGAUGUCCCAUUCCUGUCGCAACAUCAUUCUUAAUGUAGAGACAGAAGUUGAAUAUGCGAUGAUUGGUAAGGACGUAUGCAUGGGCGAUCACAAGGUUUGA